UUUACUCGACAAAAUGUUGGCAAUCUUUGCAGCUGGAUUUGUGGUUGUUUGCUUCGGCUCAAUUUCUCACUGUGCCCUGACAGAUUUACCACUGCAAGGAAAGCCGUCGAGUCAAUCAUCGACAGCAAAGUCAUCCAGGGGACCACUUUUAUCGGCGUCUUUAGCUCUUGAUGGAAAACCCUCCUUAACAAGGUUCUUCGACCACUCGUGCACACAUACAGAUACGGAACGUGAUCCUUGGUGGAAGGUGGACUUACAAUCGACACACUGUCUGGGAGAAAUCACCCUGAUCAAUAGAGGCGACUGCUGUGGUGAGCGCCUAGACGAUGCUGCCGUACGGGCGGGUACAAAUGACGACAUUUACCAGAACGGCAUCUGUGGCUCUCGAGUAACAUCUGCCCAAGCAUCGAUCCUUGGGGGACUCACCAUGAUUACUUGUGACCCACCCGUUGUAGCCCAGUACGUGAGUGUGGACCUUGUUGGUGGUUCGGAAAUACUGUCUCUUUGCGAAGUGACGGUGAAAGAGUACCCGAUGAAAGAAUGCCUGCCAAAAACAACCACGUUAGCUCCAUCAGUAGCACCAGUCACUCCGAUAGGCCCGACUUUUAUGAGAAACUGCAUGUCGACUUUGGUCUACACAGAAACCUGCAUGGACAAUCAACCACUGGCUUCAACCCACGCUGCGUCACCGAUGUCGUGUUUCAUGGAGUGCAGAUGUCACGACAACUGCACAUCAUUUGACUACGUCAUCACUUCUGGACGUUGCCGAUUUUUCAAUGCAGAGGAUUGGAAACUUGUCCAGCAGUCGGAUUGUUUGAUGUAUAAGGUGGCCUGUGGUUUACCUAAACAAAAGUGCACGUAGUUGCCAUAUUAAGAUGUGAGUGUGAUUCGUACAGUUUCAUAUCUUAUGUACCUUCUUAUAAAUGGAAGGUGUAUACCAUUGUGAACUUUGUUUACAAUAAGUGUGACCUUGUACAUUCUUUAGCUAGUCUGGCAGGCAAGAUAUUGCACUGGUCAUAUGGGAAAAGAGACAUUUUGUCUCAUAAUUCCCACAUAAAACUAAGAGUUAUGAAAGACAAAGCUGGACAAGUUUUGAGAUGUGCCCACUUUCAUCAUAUCAAAAGUUGAU